GGCUCCUCUCAUCAGCCUCCUCUGCAUCAUACAUUAGGAGCGGGUACAGAGCCAGAGAGAUGCUGGUGAGACGUACGGAUGCAGUGUGCGGCACUUUAUAUAACAGCRUUGUCUCUGACUGAGUACGAACCGCUGGGCACCACAGUAUUCACUUUGCUGCAUUGCCUUGGGCCUUUAUGGCAAAAUGUGAGGAUGCCAGUUAAUUGUGGAUAAUAUACCUCGGGCUGAUAUCAAGAUGCAAGAGAUGAAUAAUUGAUUGUGUUCAUUGAUAGGCAUUAUAAUGUACAAUUUUAUGUGGCUAUUAAGUCUAUGGGCUAUCAACACAAUCAUAAUGGUGAGCCUAKUAAAUGACAGAUAAACUACAGAAUGCAAUUAGCAAACACUCAAKUUGCUCAACCUAAAGUGUGUGCAAGAUACAGUAGGUUAGUUACAUAUAKAUAGAAUGAUUCAUGACAUUUCUAUGGCUAGUUCUACAUAGCAUUAUGCUUGCCUUAGUCUCCCAUGCACGCGCACGACCAUGCGACAUGAGAAAAACUGCAGCGCGGUCCCUCGUGAACGUGCAGCUCAGAAUAUUGCCCGACAAGUAGCCCAAUAUCAAACCCAAACAGUAGCCUAUAAAACAAAUCCUGCAUAGUAAAGUGUUCGGGGUGGUGUGUGUUUGUGUGUGGGGCUGUACUUGCCGUGUCCGAUAGGCGGUGCUUUAGGGUUAUUAUGGUAGUAGAGGGGCGGGGCCGGAGGGACAUGAGUAAGUGACGUCAGCUCCCAGUUCGCCAGCAACAGAGUGAAACAAACAUGGCGACAGAAUGGAGCGGGCAGCAAGGCUACGUUCUAACUCUAAUCGUUUUCCUUUGGAGUGCAGUCGGGGGACGCACCGAAACAGCCACGUCGAGUGUCAGCAACAGCGGGACCCAGGUGCUCGGUAUGCGGCUGGAGAGGAGCGACAAACCGGCUACGACCACUGACGACGGGGUCAUACAGGUAACAGAGGAGAGCACAGUGCAGCUCCGGUUCUACGGUGUGCAGCUCAACUCGGGCACCUGGGCGCAGAUCCGRUUCACGGAACGAGGGGAUGGGAGCGAUGAGGGGGGGGACAAUAACAUUAUUGACGACACACCUAACAGGACUUGUGUUGAUUUCACCAAAGACUUCAGCAUCGCGACCUACAUGAACACCAGUAGCCGGGGGACCACAGGGGUACUCAGCAUAAACAUUAAACCCCUUCGUAAGAGCGAGCCGCACAAGGAGUAUGGGUUGUGCAUCAAGAGUUUGGCCAAUGGCAGGUGGGCUCUGCUCGGGGAUAGCGACGGGAGACUCCGGGUGGUAGAGGGGGAGAAAACUCUCCUCCCCCUGUGGUUCCAGAUCAUCCUUAUCUGUUGUCUGUUGGUGCUGUCUGGCAUGUUCAGCGGGCUGAACCUGGGGCUCAUGGCUCUGGACCCCAUGGAGCUCCGUAUAGUCCAGAGUUGUGGUUCAGAGAAGGAAAAGAAAUAUGCCCGCAAAAUUGAGCCCAUCCGCAGUAAGGGGAACUACCUUCUCUGCUCGCUGCUGCUUGGCAAUGUCCUGGUCAACACCACACUCACCAUCCUCCUGGACGACUUAAUAGGCUCUGGGCUGGGCGCCGUGGUCGCCUCCACAGUGGGUAUUGUGAUUUUCGGCGAGAUUGUCCCUCAGGCGCUGUGCUCUCGCCACGGGCUGGCGGUGGGCGCCAACACCAUCCAGGUGACCAAGUUCUUCAUGUUGCUCACCUUCCCCCURUCCUUCCCRGUCAGCAAGCUCCUAGACGUGCUCCUAGGCCAGGAGAUCGGCACUGUGUAUAACCGCGAGAAGCUGGUGGAGAUGCUCAGGGUGACGGAACCYUACAACGACCUGGUCAAAGAGGAGCUCAACAUGAUCCAAGGAGCUCUGGAACUCCGGAGUAAGACGGUUGAGAGCGUGAUGACUCCUCUGGCCCACUGUUUCAUGAUCCAGAACGACGCGGUCCUCGACUUCAACACCAUGUCCGAGAUCAUGGAGAGCGGCUACACGCGUAUCCCGGUGUUCGACGACGAGCGCUCCAACAUCGUGGACAURCUGUACGUGAAGGACCUGGCGUUCGUGGACCCGGACGACUGCACCACGCUGAAGACCAUCACUAAGUUCUACAACCACCCGGUCCACUUUGUGUUCCACGACACUCGACUGGACUCCAUGCUGGAGGAGUUCAAGAAAGGUAAAUCCCACCUGGCCAUCGUUCAGAAGGUGAACAACGAGGGGGAGGGGGAUCCCUUCUACGAGGUGCUGGGAUUGGUCACCUUGGAGGACGUAAUCGAGGAGAUCAUCAAAUCAGAGAUCCUGGAUGAGUCCGACCUUUAUACUGACAAUAGGAACAGGAAGAAGGUGGACCCGAACAAGAGGACGCGUGACUUCUCUGCGUUUAAAACAACGGAGAACGAGUGCAAGGUGAAGAUCUCUCCCCAGUUGAUGCUGGCUGCCUAGCUAUUUGUAUCAACAGAAACAGCUGUCUUCAGUCCCUGUCAGGUCACUGAGAAGGUGUUACUGAGGAUCCUGAGGCACCCUGAUGUCAUCCAGGAGAUCAAAUUCAAUGACAGCGACAAGCGAUCCGCUCUACACUACAUCUACCAGAGAGGCAAACCUGUCGACUACUUCAUACUCAUACUGCAGGGGCGAGUGGAGGUGGAGGCUGGAAACGAGAACAUGAAGUUUGAGACAGGACCCUUCUCCUACUAUGGAGUCAUGGCUCUUAGCUCACCAUCACUGGAGUUCCGUUCUCCUACUCACGCGAGCGGUCUGAACCGCUCGGCGUCGCUAAGCUGCACUGAGCGUGGCGCCUCCGGAGAAUGCGGCUCAGUAACUGCUAGCAACACGCAGCUCACCGCCUGCCAGUACACACCAGACUUCUACGUACGGGCUCUCACUGACCUGCAAUAUGUCAAGAUCACUCGUUCUCAGUACCAGAAUGGUCUGCUGGCGUCGAGGCUGGACAGCACCCCCCAGUCCCCCGAGGGCAGCCACCCCCGUCUGGACAGCACCUCUGCUCUCCCGCUCCCCAUCACCCCACCAGCCCCUCCCCGCACCCCCCUCCCCCUGGCCACCACACCUUUCAAGCGCCCGCUUGCUCUCCCCCAACCCACCCCCCCUCCCACCAACCGUACCCCCUUACCCCAAAUCACCACCCCCACUCAAGUCAACCCCCGCUUGGCCCUGCCCCAAUCCACCCCUCCUCCCACCAAAGGCACCCCUCUUCCUCAAACACCUCCUCCCCCCUCCUCGGGUGCACGCACCACUCACCCGCCUCCGCCCUCCACCUCCUCUCUCCCCCACCCACCUCUUCCCUGCACCUCUCUCCCCCCCAAAUCCCCCUCUUCCGCGAAGCCAGGGGGGGAGAACGGGCCGGGUGAGAAGACCUCUCUGCUCUCUGAGCAGCCGCAAAACUGCGUAAGCGGCACACGCAGGCCCAGCUACCCACAAACACACACACAACACCCUCACACACACCAACACCUGCACACACACGUGCACACCAUCAGUCACGCACACACAGAGAGCACCAUCUGA